AUGUGCGUGCACAGCUGGCCCGAGCGUGCAAAGCGGUGCAUCCUCGGGGCUGGGAGCGCGUGGAACACUAGCACCGGCGUUGGCCAGCAACCAAGUCUGUCUCUUAGCAACCAGGACGCGGUGCUGUUGCAGACCGUGGGAAUCACGACAUCGCAGCCACGUGUGGCUCUCGGUCGGGCGCUGCCCAUGGCCGGCCUCUGCGCCUCGGCCGCCUUCAGGGCGCACCUCCGCCGGCUGCACCUGUGGGAAUUCCCCUGCGGCACCGGGAGCUGGAACAAAUCCUGGUUCGAGUAAAGGAAAAAGACACCUCAUGGACACGUGGCCCGAAGAGCGGCAGGCGCAGCCCCAGGCGAGGAGGCCGACGUUCCUGGUGAGGAGAGCCUGGAGGCUUUAAUGGAGUUUGUGAGCAGCCAGGGCUCGCCGUGGGCCCUGCCGCCUGGCUGCAGCCCUGAGGACCAGCACUUGAAGGAACUGGCUGUGCAGUCCCCACAGCUCAUCCAGGACAGCUUCAUCUUCUUGUUCUUCACAUCCUUGCGGCUCGUGGACAAAGGAGUGAGCGAAGUGGAUGAGGAGCUGUUAAAGUUUCAGAACCUAGAAGAGCUUGUGCUCAGUGCGAAUAAAAUCAGCAAAAUAAACUCCGCCAACCUCCCGAGAACGCUGAAAGUCCUGGAGCUCUGCGGCAACAAGAUAGUUGCUUUGCAGGAUCUGUGCUCUCACCCGCCACCACAGCUCCAGCACUUGGGGCUGGGCUACAACCUGCUUGGCUCGUCGGAGGAUGAGCAUCUCACUGGACAGUUCUGGCCAAAUCUUCUCUCUCUUGACCUAAGUUUUAAUAAUUUUCCUGAUCUGCUGGGUCUAGUCUCUAAACUGGCCACUCUGAGGAAGCUCCGAGUCCUCGUGCUGCAGGGCAAUCCACUAGCUCUUAUUCCUGGUUACAGAGGUUUUAUCAUAGACAGCCUGCCCAAGCUCUGCAUCCUGGACGACGUGAGCAUAUUGCCUGAUGAGAAGCAUCGCUUCUAUGGUUUGUCUAGUCAGCCAGAGCUUAUGGUAAAUGAAGCACAAAUAGUCGUGACUGUGGGAAAAAUCCAGGGCAUCCCCUGCCCCACCACCCUGGAGCAGCUGGAAAGCGGCUUAGACUCUCCAGUGAUUGCCUACAGCUAUUAUGUGACGUAUGAGUUCGCCGAGGGGGAAAACAGCGCUGAGGUACCCAAACUCCAGGAGAGCUCUGCUGUGGCUACACCAUACCCCAAGAGUCCGCAAAGGGACACCCACGAAGGGGAUGAAGUGCAGUCUCUAUUGCAACAGGAGCUGUCUGCUAAUCCUGCAAACACACACCAAACCCUUCGAAAGCCCUGGGCAGAAACUGUUGAGUGCAGCUACAGGAAGGAGCAUGUGGUGACAGAUCUUGUAGCCCUGAAGGGCUACCUGCGGGCUGGAACCACCGUCACCGUUAUGGAAGAAAAGGUGCUUUCCUGGCCUGUUAUUGCAUCUCCGGUUGAAAAUGCAAGCAAGAAGGGGAAAGCAGAGAAGGACAAACAGAAGGACAGUGCCAAGGGCGCUAAGCCCAGCGAUAAGCCGAAACAGAAAAAGGAAGCCCCAGCUGAGCUCCGCAGCGACCCACCCAUCCUGAGGACCCUGGGGGCCAGACACGUGAAGCUAGAAAGCCUCUUGGCAGGAGACAGACUUGUGGCAAUGGUGUGUGACUUCGGAGUCCUGAUCCCCGAGAGAAUUACUCGACCACCCUCUCCAAAGGAGAAGGUAACAGCCUGUCCUCCUCGUCCCCAGGACCCCAUUGUUUGCAGAGGCUCGGUGCCUCUCAGGAUCUGCCCCAGGGUUUAGCUUGGUU